AUGAGGAGCAGGAUCCCUGUCAUCCUGCUGGCCUGUGGCUCCUUUAACCCCACCACCAACAUGCACAUGCGUUUGUUUGAGCUGGCCAGAGACCACCUGCACCAGACAGGAAGGUAUCAUGUGAUUGAAGGCAUAAUGUCUCCUGUCAGUGACAGCUAUGGGAAGCAAGGCUUGGUGUCAGCAAGGCACCGCGUGGCGAUGGCCAGCCUGGCCCUGGAGACGUCUGACUGGAUCCGGGUGGAUCCCUGGGAGAGCCAGCAGGACACGUGGACAGAGACAGUGAAAGUAUUAAGGCACCAUUAUAAUGAAGCACUCAGAACGUUCCAGUCCAAGGAGCUCACAAGAAACAAACAUCCCACGGAAACUUCUACAGGGGACUCCCUUUCUUGCCAGCAACCAGUUCUACCAGAAUUGAAGCUGCUCUGUGGGGCUGAUUUUCUACAGACAUUUAAGACACCCAAUCUCUGGAAGGAAGAAGACAUCAAAGAAAUAGUGGGAAAGUUUGGAUUGGUCUGCAUCAGCCGGGCUGGCUCUGAUCCAUCACAGCUCAUCCAGGAAUCAGACCUUUUAUCUAAAUUCCAGCACAACAUUUUUCUGGUGAGAGAGUGGAUCCAGAAUGAGGUCAGUGCGACGCAGAUCCGCUCUGCCCUGCGCAGGGGGCUGAGUGUGAAGUACCUGAUCCCAGACUCUGUCAUUGCCUACAUCGCGCAGCACCAGGUCUACACCGCGCAGAGCGAGCGCACGAACCAGGGCCGCCCGCUGCAGCCCCUCAGGCUGCACACACAGCAAGAAACCCUCUGAGGGACUGAUUCCUGCACUGGCUGCCCUGUCAGAUCACCACCCUUGCCAUGGAGAUUGCUUGAGAGAGUUGUUUCUUAUUAAUAAUGAAGUUUCCCUUCAUUUCCAAAAUUUCUUGAAAUCAUGUGGUAUUUUAAAUCCAUGAAUCUGUGUGUGGUAGUGUUCAAGUAAAUUGGGAUGCUCAGCUGUGUAGCUUAAAAUACACAAAGAGCAGCUUCUUUGUGAAAAUAAAAGCAAGGAGAUCUUCACAAUAAAUAUUCUUAGUAUUUCAGUAAUUUCAGUAAGUCAAUAAAUAUGAUUUAAGGGUCAAA